GUUUUUUUUUGGCACAGAGGAGUAACAAUUUGAUGUUCAAAAAUAUUCCGAGAAAAAGUGAAAAAGUAUCGUGGCCAUUACUUUAAAAAGCAGAAGGAGUGUUUUCACUUGUUUACUUCACUCUACAGACAUCAUCAGCACUCAAGAUAACUACAUGGAGCGAAGAGGAUUUUGCCAAUAAUAAAUUAGUGAGCUUGUGCUCAAAGUUCACUCCUUUCCCGUAUGGAUCGACUUAGUGCGCUGCCUGAAUCGGUACUGCUUCACAUCCUCUCGUUCCUGACCGCGAGAGAUGUUGUCAAAACGGCCGUUCUCUCCAAACGCUGGCCGCACCUGUGGACUAUUAUCCAGGAGCUUAAUUUUGAUCGGAGAGAUUCCUUUCCUAAUCACGGUUUUGUGGACUUUGUGAAUCGGACCUUGCUUUCUCGUGGCACUUGUAAGAUCAGAAGACUUAGAAUUCGUCUCUUUUUGAAUGCUAGUUCUUGUAAAGAUUAUGAUGGAUGGAUUUUGUAUGCUGCAAAGAACAAUGUGGAAGAGCUCUUUCUAGAUUUUGAUUCAGACUGUUGCGAAUGGUUGCCACCUAAGUGUGUGUAUUGCAAUUCGUCGCUCAAGACGUUGAGCAUGUGGAGCUGCAGGCUUAUACCUGGUAUGCAGAUAAGCUGGAACUUGUUGACAAAGUUAACCCUUCGGUUCUCAGUGUUGUGGGAUCACACAAUUCAUAAGAUUAUGGUGGGUGCUCCAAAACUGGAAUUCCUUGAGUUGGAUUCGUGCUGCGGAUAUGAUGAUCUGAAUUUUGAUUCUCCUUCUUUAAGAGUGCUGAUUGUAUGUGAGUGUGAAUCAUUUGUGUAUGAACAUGGUCCCGUCAUGAGAAUUUCAGCCCCCAAUGUUCAGUCUCUGCACGUGUUAGGAUCUCUUUAUAGGAAGUGUAUUUUGAUGAAUGUGUCAUCCGUCGUUCAUGCCAACGUCGAUUUUGGUCCACAUAUUUGUUUGAUUAGUGGAAAGAAGAACUUAAAACGGCAGCAAGACAACCUGAUGGAGUUAGUUAGGAGCCUUAAACAUGCUGAGAGGUUGACUUUGGGCACUUGGUGCAUUGAGGUUCUAGCACAAAGGGAGAAGAAACGUAUUCCUUCUCAGAUUUCAACUCACAAAUGCGUCACGUUAAGUAUACAAAUGAAGGAAGAUGAUCUUUUGGGGAUAAUUAACCUGCUAAAAGGUUCACCAGGCCUACAAAUGCUAAUAAUAGACAUGGGAUCUGAAUUCUGGGAAGAGCCAAGAGGCACAGAGUUAGCAGAUUUUAAUGGUGCAAACUACUUAGCAUCACAAGCGAAGCACAUCAAAUGUUUGUUGCAUAAUUUGAAGACAGUCAAGAUUACCCAAUUUGUGGCACAACACUCUGUAUUUCCAUUUCUAGAGUUCAUUUUGAAGAACGGGAGGGUACUGGAGAAUCUCGUAAUCAUAGCUAAAAGGGGGAUAGAUGCAAAUUCACCAGAGUCCUUGCUGAAAGUAGCUCAGAGAUUACUAAGCCUGCCUAGGGCUUCUUCCCAGGCAGUCGUUACGCUUCUCAACUGACAACAUUAAGUCGCUUUGUACUCCGAUGGAACUACAUUCAUCGGCUGUUAAGAAGCUGCAAGGAUUGUGUUUUAUUUCUGUCAAACAUGCUUUUGUAAGAUGAACAAUUGCAUUAUGUGUAGGUAAAUAUCUUUCUUUCUAGAAAUACUUUUGAGAUGUUUCUUGUCUCCUUGAGAUUAUAUAAUGUGUUGCCUCAGGUUAAAAUUUAA